UAUAAUUGAAUUGAACCAAACUUGCAAGCAAGGUAUUCAGGAAGCAUCAAAAUCAGAGUUACUUACAAAGCAAACAAAUUCCUAAUCACAAAAAUUACUGCCUCUUCAUCACGCUUUCCCUAUGAAUUCAAUGCUUUCACACAACCACUAAUUCCAAAACCUACCACUUUUUUCCCUUCCACACUUUAACCUGCAUAUUUUCCUUUCCUACAUGCAAUUCUCAACAAGAAAUUAACCUGUAACUACAUCUGUAUAAACUUCAUCAUUCAUCAUAAAAAGAUUGGAUUUUUAAUGGGUGGCCAACAAAGACCAAGGAAUCAGGUUAUGGGUUUCAAAGUUUCUCACAAUCCUGCAGGGUUUGACCUUAUGCAGAACUGUGAUCUUCCUCCACCUUCCAAGGUUUUUCGGGGUCCAGAUAAGACUGUCAUAUUGUCCAUGAAUAGGGUGUGUAACAUUUCAGGCAAAGAAGAAGAGUCAGAUAGAAAACACUAUGGUACUUACCGGCUAGAAAAUGGCAAUGAUGAAAAGGAUAAAGUGGAGCUUCUUAAAGCGCUGGAAGCAUCUCAAACACGGGCCAGAGAGGCUGAAAAGAUGGCUGCAAUUCUAAGAAAAGAAAGGGAUGGUCUCUCUAUUGCUUUGCUGGAAGAGGCCAUGCAGUUGUUUGCUUGUCGCCAAGUGGUGAGAUUGCUUGAGCUUCAAGUUUUAAACCUGCAACCACUUUGGCUGCAGCAACAACCAGCGAUGUCGAUGUCUGGUUGUUAUGCCAGAUCAACAGAGGGUGCUGUAGGAUUACCCAGUGAAGAAGGCCACGAUGAAGAAACGACUUGUGUCACAUGGGUUCUGGCUUUGAUUUUCUCGUUGGGAAUUGGUGUUGCCACUGCCCUUGCUUGGAGAUACUAAUCCUGCUGCUGUUGCAGAUGUAUCGUUGAUACAUGAAAGACAAUCUGCAUAUACAAAAUUUUGCUUUAUAUUAACUAAUAGUCUAAUACUCAAAUAUAAUUUCAUACUGCAUCAAUAUGACCUCCAUUCUGUACAACAGUUACAGUCUUACAGAGUUACUCUCUGUUUUGCAGUAUAACUUGAAUGGUCCUAUAUAUGAUUGAUACUA